UGUAGCUUGUGAGAGCUUCGAGGAUUGAGGGCCGUCUCCCAAAACAUAUCUGGACCAUGGCCUUCUCCAAGGAAAUCCAGCACCCUUCCAGACCUCUCAACCAACAUCGCCUGUCCACAUCGACCCAUUCUGGGUCUCUUCCUCGCCAAUCGCACGGACGAAACCAUUCGCAUUCUGUGUCGUCAGGAUCACUCAACCCAAGUCACAGGGUGACUCGUCGGAAGAGUGUUUCUUCCAACGCCGUCAGCAAUGUCGCCGCUAUGGUAGCAGCAGUGAGAGAGGCAGGAGAUACAUCGGUUGGAAUGCCAAUUUCUACUCGUAGAAACACGUCAUCGAAGAGUGCAAGGUUGGCCGUGGGAAGUCUACCCUCUCCUCCCGCGAGCUUGCCGAGCCACAGAAUGAGAAUGACUCCUGGCGGUAAAUCAGAACGGAAUGAGAGCGCAAUUGAAGAUCAGGAUGACGAUGAGAUAGAGGAGGAAGAUACUGGAUUCAAGCAGGCGCGCAUGAGACGGGCCAGCGAGGGCCAACACCUCAUGAAGGAUGGAAAGAAGUCUCAUGGCAGUGACCUCAAGUGUGACAAGUGUGGAAAGGGAUACAAGCACAGCAGCUGCUUAUCCAAGCAUUUAUGGGAACACACUCCGGAAUGGUCAUACACCUCGAAACUUCUGAUUUCGAAGCACCAACAGGUGCAACUUUUGGAAGCCGCUUCGGUCCUCUUGACCAUGAAUCAAGAUGCUACUACGCCUCCAGAUUCUGCAAAGGACUUCCAAAGCGACCAAGAUUCUGCGUCUCCUCCAGCCUCCGGCUCGGAGCAGCAUGACGGUGCGAGCUCUGCCGAUACCACCCCUCCACCGCAAACAGAUAUGUUCAACACGUACGGCAGCGGAUCCUACAUAGGUCGGCACAAGAGGUACAACAGCGGGCACAGCUUCUCCCGUUCGUACCAGUCCGCGCCCUCCGCACACUAUUUGCACGGUGGAAGUGUUCCCAGCGGAUCGGGUUUCGGUCAUUAUCGUCAACCGAGCCAGGAGCGUCGUCCUCCAUCCUCGGGCAUUAGUCGCAACCAAGAGGAUGAGGGCUUGGCCGCUGCCGUCGAGCUUCUCUCCUGCAGCUUUGGAAGUACCGGUACGCCCAGAAGCAUUCCUGUCACACUUCCAGAAGAUGCUCCACCCGUGCCUCAUAUUCCCGCUCAAUACUUGAGCCAGAGUGCCUUCUCAGGCAGUGCACUGGCACCGAGUCAUCACCCUCGUCAGACCGAGAGCUACACGCGUCACCAGGUCCACCUGGAUGGAGACGUCAAGAUGGAAGAGAGCGAAGAAAGCAUUGCGGACGAUGAGGACUACGACCAACGCUUCCGCGGUCGCAGCGACGAAGAUGACGAUGGCGUCUUCGGCCGCAUGGAGGAAUAGAUCCCAAGGCGGAUCUAUCACAUCUUUCAUUCUUAAUGAUGUAUACAUGCGAGCAUGUCUCCGCAGCCGACUGUCAGCACCGAAGAGUGGACUCGGCAGUAUGUCCACGAGGUUAAAGUGAUGGUCGUUCUCGAGCGUCGAGCCAACGCCACGAAUAUUGAAGAGGUUAUCUUUGGAAAGAAGGGGCAUGUCAUAUACUACGACAUCCACGAUGUAUGAAACGCGUUGA